AUGCCACGUGAUCGCUAUCCGUUAUGUGCAAUAUUUUUACAAAUUGAUCCACAACUUGUUGACGUAAAUGUCCAUCCGACAAAAGCAGAAGUUAGGUUUCAUGAUCCAAAUUAUGUACGAAAUUUACUAAUAGAUUCAAUCAAAAAUGCCUUGUCAAAUAAAAGUCAUAUCGCAUCAACCACUAUCGCAUCUAGUGCUAUUGAAUUAUUUAAAAACCCAUUCGUUAAUAAAGAACCAGCUAUAAGUAAAUCCUUAAACGUGAAUAGUAAACCUAGCGAAUAUCGACCUACUAUAUCACCUACUGUACCUAAAUAUACGACAAAUAAUAGCUGCCAAAAAUUGAUAGAUACACUGCCCCAUGCUAAAAUAGAGCAGGAAGUAGAACAGCGUAUCCAAAACGAACCACAAAAAUCUUCGCAAUAUAGGCUUGGGGCUGCUAAAGCACAGCUUCAUACUACUUACGUCAUUUCACAGACGGAAGAUAGUAUAGUAAUUACUGACCAACAUGCAGCACAUGAGCGUCUUGGAUAUGAAAAAAUCAAGAAUUAUAUUAAGAAUGAAGAGCUGAUAAAACAGCGUUUACUUAUCCCUGAAAUAGUAGAGUUACCAGACGAAAAAAGAGCAGAUAUUUUAUAUGAGAACAAAGAUAAAUUAUCUAAAUUAGGCUUAAGCUUAGAAAAACUAGUAACUACUAGUAAACUAGUAGUUACUAGUAAACUAGUAACCGAAAUUCCCAAUAUUCUUGGUGAUAUAAACGUACAAAAGCUCAUUCAAGAUUUGGCUGACCAUUUAGCAGAAUGCGGCGAAGAUAUAGCCUUAACCGAAUUAAUUGAGCAUGUUACCGAGACUUAUGCUUGCCACUACUCUAUCCGAGCAGGACGAAAAUUAUCAGCGGAUGAAAUGAACGCACUACUCCGCCAGAGGGAAGAAACUCCAUUUUCAGGGCAGUGCAACCAUGGCAGACCUACCUAUAUUGAACUGAAGCUUAAAGAUAUAGAACGUUUAUUUGGUAGAAAAUAG